CUCACCUUUCAAAAAUCCUCUUCCUCUUCGCUGAUUCUCAUUCUGAAAUCGAUGGAGAUUCCAGAAGAGCAAGAGCGAAGGGUAAAGGCUGAGAUAAAUCGGUUAGGAGAUUUGGAGAAACGGAAACCCACAUUCGAAUCUGUACAAAACCCACAUCGACCUCAAGAUUUUAGGUUAUUGAAAUGUCGGAAGCUCGAUUCGGGAUACGAUACCCGUUUUGCGGAAGGUCAUCAGAGUUUUGUGUCGGACCCGGGUGUGAGCACCGGUCUGCCCGAUAAUUUUCAGGCCAGGCUCGAAAUCUGCUCGCCGGAUUCGUUCUCGGUGACGCCGGUUCAAGUGCGAGGGUUCAAGUACCCGGGAGAGCAAGAAUGCUUUCGGAGAUUGAACGAGAUACUAUCUGGGGUGGUUCCUUCACAUUACACUCAAAAUCACGAUGGAGGAAAAGCUGGGGUCUAUAAGAUUAGAGACUACAGAGUGGUUUUGGCAUGUCUAAAAAGGUCUAAGGGCGUCAAAGUUGAAGAAAUACCCUGGAUAACAUUGGCUGUUGUUGAGAAACUUUCCCAGUCAUUUGUUUCUGGGAAAUGGGAACCGUGUAAACCGGAACAUUUUCCGGAUGAAAAGGUCGAGGAACUGAUAGGGAAUCUGCCCAGAAAAUUACUGAAUUCCCUUUUACCUUUCCAACUUGAUGGUCUAAGGUUUGGUUUGAGGAGAGGUGGCCGAUGUCUAAUUGCAGAUGAAAUGGGACUUGGGAAGACCCUUCAGGCCAUUGCCAUUGCUGGCUGCUUCAUGAAUGAGGGUUCUAUACUAGUUGUUUGUCCAGCAGUUUUGCGUUUCUCAUGGGCAGAAGAACUGGAGCGGUGGCUGCCCUUCUGUUUGCCAUCAGACAUACAUCUUGUUUUCGGGCAUCAAAACAAUCCUGUCUAUUUAUCACGAUGGCCAAAAAUUGUGGUCAUUUCAUACACGAUGCUUCAGCACCUACGGAAGACCAUGCUCGAACGAGAAUGGGCCCUCCUGAUAGUGGAUGAAUCUCAUCACUUGCGUUGUUCAAAGACAAAGUCGGAACCAGCCGAGAUAAAGACAGUCCUUGAUGUAGCUGAAAAUGCCAAGCGGAUAGUUCUAUUAUCUGGAACUCCUUCUCUAUCGAGGCCCUUCGACAUUUUCCAUCAGAUCAACAUGCUAUGGCCUGGUUUACUGGGAAAGGACAAGUACGAGUUUGCAAAAACUUAUUGUGACAUCGGGUUUGUCAAAGGUUUACAAGGCAAAGUUUUCCAGGAUUUUUCAAAGGGCAUUCGCUUGCAGGAGUUGAAUGUGCUGCUUAAGCAAACAGUGAUGAUAAGAAGACUGAAACAGCAUGUGUUGACACAGUUGCCGCCUAAACGUAGGCAAAUUGUAACCAUCUUGCUAAAGAAGUCUGAUAUAGCAUUGGCCAAGGCUGCUGUCAGUGAAGCUCAUCAAAAGGCUUAUAAAGAAAAUGUUGUUAUUACAGAAGCCAAUAAAAACUCAGAGGAACCUCAUGCGGGCAAUGCUUGUGGAGAAAAUAAAGGCGGAGAUGUGAGUUCAGAGGAUUUGGGUUCUCCUAACCCUGUUACGGAUAAUCAACUAUGUGGGAAACUCUCAUACCAAGAACUUGGCAUAGCAAAGCUUUCUGGGUUUCGUGAUUGGUUCUCUCUACACCCACUUAUACCUGAGUCAGAUAAUAUCCCAGAAGAAGCUGAUGGGAACACGAGCUCAACUAAGAUGGUAGUUUUUGCACAUCAUCAUAAGGUUCUGGAUGGAAUACAGGAGUUCAUAUGUGAGAAGGAUAUCUGUUUCGUUCGCAUUGAUGGGACAACAUUGCCAAGAGAUAGACAAUUAGCUGUACAGUCAUUUCGAUCAUGUAGUGAGGUCAAAGUUGCAAUAAUUGGCAUAGAAGCUGGCGGAGUUGGGCUUGAUUUCUCAGCAGCACAAAACGUUGUGUUUGUUGAAUUGCCUCAAACACCGUCACUGAUGCUUCAGGCUGAGGAUAGAGCUCAUAGGCGAGGGCAAAAAAGUGCUGUCAAUGUGUACAUCUUCUGUGCAAAGGAUACAAGGGACGAGUCUCGCUGGAAAAAUCUGAACAAGAAGCUGCAUCGUGUUUCAUCUACCACAGAUGGAAAAUAUGAUGCAGUAACUCAUAUUGAAGUUGAUGAUGUAUAUUCUUUAAAGCAUCCUGAAGAAAUUGUUGAAAAAGAAUGCCUUGAUGAGCGUCCAUCCAGAGCAGAUGAUGUCGCAGCUGAUAAACUUGUUGAAAGAUUGGAAGAUCAGAAUGAAUGUGGAUUCGAUUCAGAUGUAUCAGAUUAUAUUGAUCUCAAGGAUGAUGCCAUUCCUAAUCUGGAAAUAUCAAAAUCUCACCCUUUUGUUGAACAAUUACGAGCUGUUGCCUCUGACUCUGAAGAUGGGUCUCCAGGCAAUGUUUCUAAGCUCAACAAUGAUAACCAAGGGAUCUAUCAAGCUAAAAAUUUUAUCACUGAUGGACAUGUGAAGGAUAAUGAUUCUUUUUCUUAUUCCCCUCUUGUGAGUUCCCUGCGAUUUGAGGUGAGCCAAUACACAGGAAGAAUCCAUUUAUAUUCUUGCAUUCUGGGUAAAGAUCCAAGGCCAAAGCCGCUUUACCAGAAUUUCCGACCUGAGGAGAUUGAAACGUGCAAUUCGAGUCCGGUUAUCAACGAAGAAACAACCUUGGGAUCCCUCGGGGACAAACAUGUGGGUGCUGUUUCAGAAUUCGUCAAAGAAUGGAAUUCUUUACGCCCAAUCGAAAGGCGGAAACUUCUUGGAAAACCUUUGCAACUUCCACUGUCCUUGGAGCUGAGCUACUUGAGUGAAAGUACUACUCACAACAAUGAGGGACUGAUCAGGGGAGGAAGCAAAAGACGAAACACACCCUUGUCCGAGAUCAGUUUUCCCUUACCUCCAAAUGCAGUGUGGAAAAAGAUCAACCUUCGAAGUGGCUGCCACAAAAAGGAGAAAGAAUACACCCAAGCCUGGACUCUGAAUGACGAACCACUCUGUAAACUCUGUCAAAAGCCCUGCAAGGGAACAAAUGCCAAGGAACCCGAAUACCUCGAGGAUCUAUUCUGCAAUCUUGAUUGUUAUGAAGAAUACCGGAUAAGAACAAGUGGCAAUUAUCUGCGUCAGGAACUGUUUCAAAUUGAACAUGGGAUUUGUACAAACUGCAAACUAGACUGCCACCAACUUGUGACAAAGAUAAAGCGGUUAACCGUGGAGAAGCGUCGUGGGUAUAUAAUCAAAGUGGCUCCAAAUUUGGCUGCUCGGAAGAACUUGCUCGAGACCCUUGUUAGCGAUCCUACCGAAGGAAACGCAUGGCACGCAGAUCACAUCAUUCCAGUCUACCGAGGUGGAGGAGAAUGUAGGCUAGAGAACAUGAGGACACUUUGCGUGGCUUGCCAUGCAGACGUCACUGCAGCUCAAUGUGCUGAGCGGCGUGAUAUAAGGUCCAAAGCCAGGAAGCAGCUCAAGACCACCUUAAAGGAACUCAAGAACAACAAGAACCAGAAAAUUUCAGUGUCUGAUAAUGAAAAGGAUAAUGAUGAUUCAGAUGCUCUGAUAAACGUCGAUGAGGACGAGCUUCUAGUUGCUGUUCCCGGCAGUGCAUACUCCAACGAUCAGAAGACAAAUCUGGCAUCAUAAUGUUCAUGUUUGAUCUGCAAAGAAGUUUUGCUUGUUCUGUCUGUAUCCUGGUUGAUCUGACAAGAACAAAACGUGGGAUAAUUCAUUUCCUCUUUGAAGUUUUUCUUGUUGUCUAGUGUUGUGACCCACAGUUACUUCUCCUUUAGACAAGAACAAAGCUACAAGAGAAAAUGGGAA